AUGGCCUCCCGAUUCUCCAUGCGCCGGCUGCUCAAGCCAUUGGCGUACGGCGCAGGUCUAGCCGUGGCAGGUACCGCAGGAAUGUACAUUAUCUACCGUCCUCGAAACGUCCCGGGUGCAGAAACACUCGCGCCAAAACCGCCUAGAAGAGACGAGCAUGGAAACAUCAUCCCACCUAAAUUCCCCUACAUCAAGACGAGAGCAGAACAGAUUGCCGACCUCAAAAAGUCAUCCUCGACGCCCUCAUCAGAAAUCUACGACCUUCUCGUUAUUGGUGGCGGAGCUACUGGCACAGGUAUCGCCCUCGAUGCAGCCACGAGAGGCUUGAAAGUGGCAAUCGUGGAAAGAGACGAUUUCAGCAGUGGCACAAGCAGCAAAUCCACCAAGCUCGUUCAUGGCGGAGUGCGGUACCUUGAAAAAGCUGUGUGGAAUUUGGAUUACAGUCAAUACCAACUGGUCAGAGAGGCUUUAAGAGAGCGGAAGAGUUUCUUGUACACCGCACCACAUCUGUCAUCUUGGCUGCCGAUUAUGCUGCCGCUCCAGGCAUGGUGGCAGGCACCCUACUUCUGGGCAGGAACCAAAUUCUACGAUUUCCUAGCUGGGUCUGAGGGAAUCGAGAGCUCUUAUUUCCUACCGAGAAGUAAGGCUCUAGAAGCAUUUCCCAUGUUGAAGAAAGAGAAUCUCAUUGGCGCUCUCGUGUAUUACGACGGCCAGCACAACGAUUCAAGGAUGAAUAUUUCCCUGGCCAUGACCGCUACAUUGUACGGUGCUACAACAGUCAACCAUCUGGAGGUGACAGGCCUGGAGAAGAACGCAAACGGCAAACUUACAGGCGCUAGGGUGCGGGAUCUGAUCGCAGACAAGGAUGGAAAAAGCAACGACGAGGAAUUUAUUGUCAAAGCGAAAGGCAUCAUCAACGCGACAGGACCAUUUUCCGACGCCAUCCGGCAAAUGGACUCUCCCAGUGACAAGGAGAUUGUCGCACCUAGUUUGGGGGUGCAUGUCGUUCUUCCUGGAUAUCUGAGUCCUGAAAAUAUGGGCCUGAUCGACCCCUCGACCUCGGAUGGACGAGUCAUCUUUUUCCUCCCAUGGCAAGGCAACACCAUUGCAGGCACGACAGACGCACCCUGUGCAAUCUCCCAGAACCCAGUGGCCGGAGAGAAAGACAUUGAAUGGAUCUUGGACGAGAUCCGGACAUACCUUACUCCCGAUAUCGAUGUUCGGAGGUCAGAUAUCCUUGCCGCCUGGUCGGGUAUACGGCCACUCGUCCGGGAUCCAAAUUCCAAAAAGACAGAGUCACUUGUCCGGAGCCAUUUGGUCACGGUCUCAGACUCCGGGCUGCUGACUUGCGCCGGCGGAAAAUGGACAACGUACCGACAAAUGGCUGAAGACGCAGUCGACAAAGCGAUUGAAGUCUUCAAGCUGCAACCGAAAGCGAUCAGUUAUGUCCCGGAUAUCAGCGGCGUCAACGGGAUUGAUCCGUCGGUUGGUCUUCUCAAUGGAACCUGUCAAACGCACCAUAUUCGCCUGAUUGGAGCUCAUGGGUACUCGACGACUCUCUUCAUCAACCUGAUCCAGCACUUUGGUCUUGACCCGGAUGUUGCGAAGCAUUUGGCCAGCGAUUACGGCGACCGGGCUUGGGAUGUCGCGGCGCUGGCUUCUCCCACCGACAACACCGAACACUAUCCCCUCCGUGGUCAACGGCUAUCGUCUUUGUAUCCAUUCAUCGACGGUGAAGUCCGCUAUGCUGUCCGCAGUGAAUAUGCGCAAACCGCAGUAGACGUUCUCGCGAGGCGGACGAGGCUGAGCUUUCUGAAUGCGCAGGCGGCGCUGCAUGCUUUGCCCAAGGUGAUUGACAUCAUGGCCGAAGAGCUGAAAUGGAGUGAAAAAAGAAAACAGGCAGAGUGGACAGACACUGUUGCGUUCCUGGCCAGCAUGGGUUUGCCCAGCGAUCUGCUCCAAAUCACCCGUGAGCAAGUGUUGAAGGGAGAGGUGUCUUCACGGAGUCUCGCGCCGUUGGAGGGCACCUCGAAAAGACCUGUGCCUCUGAGACCGACACUCAGGCCUGUGCCGGAGGCGCACGGAUCUUUGCCAUGA